AUGCCUCCUUAUCUUCAUCCGCGAUCGCGGUCAACAAUCUCCCUCUUUACUCUGACCCUCAUGUCCUCCUUCGUCAUUGUGGGCAUACCACAUGUCUUCCCCUGCCCUGCACCCCGACACGCCUUCUCGGAUUCCGAAAUGAUCAUGUCCCCCGAUGGGCAACAGAAGAUGAUACGCAAACGAAGAAGGAAACCCGUCGAUCCUCAACAGUUGACCGAGAGCGAGGGAACUCCAACCCUACCACCUCCCACAACCAUGGCGGGGAAUUCACUGCAAAGCUCAUUGGAUAAAGAGAUUGUGAAGUUCCGUCAAAUGGAGGAGGAGGCGAAAAAUUUGGCGAAUGUUAAGAGAGAAUGUCCUGUGCCGAAACCGGGGGUUAUGGUCGGGCAGCUGUUAGGGUUUAAGAAGCGGGAUGACGGGAGGGGGAGGGAUGGCAUCCCGAGUGCUGAUAUUCCGGGUCAGGAAGGGGAGUCAUGA